UUGUAUUUAUUUUUACUCCUUUGUUUUUCCGUACUAAGAAAUCGACCGGGAAGUGGCGCGGCGCACCUGAUUGGGGAACCCCUAUAUAUUCUCUUGGAGGACGCCUGUGCGUGAUUCUGUCUGUCAGCAACGGUGAGUGAUAAAGAUUCCAUAAACCAUGAGUGGAAAAAAAAUUUCUGUAAAAUCUGAGAACUCUCAGGGUGAAUUACCCUGCGUUGUGUUUGAUGAACAUUUGUCAAAGAGCAAGAAAGGGCUGGUGGUCAUCCAAGAAUGGUGGGGAAUGAAUGAGCAAAUCCAGAAGGAGGCUAAAGACAUAGCAGAUAUGGGACCAUUUGUUACGAUCGUCCCUGACCUUUACCGCGGAAAAGUGGCCAAGGACAACGAAGAAGCCGGCCAUUUGAUGAAUAACCUGGACUGGCCAGGCGCCGUUAAGGAUAUCAAAGCCGCAGCAUUACACCUGAAAUCGAUAGGAUGUACCAAGGUGGGCGUGACCGGAUUUUGUAUGGGCGGUGCCCUUACACUAGCUACCGCGGCUUUAGAACAGGAAGUUAUUAAUGCAGCAGCACCCUUUUAUGGAAUUCCAGGCGAGAGUCUCUGUGACGUUUCUUCCAUUAAAUGUCCCGUACAGUGUCAUUUUGGUCAGCUUGAUGCUCUAGAAGGUUUCUCCUCGCCCAAAGACGCAGCAAAACUGGAGGAGAAAUUCAAAGCCAAGGGAGUGAAGUACGAAAUGUACUCGUACCCCGGGGCUAACCACGCCUUCACUAAUUAUAGCGGUCCGAACUACAAUAAGGAAGCCUGCGACCUGGCGUUAAGUAGACUGACCCAAUUCAUGAACAAGAACCUGCUGAGGAUCGAGGAGCGUCCACACUUCCAUAACCGCCUCGGUCUGAUCUGCUCCUGUCUCGGUUCUGUGGUCGGGACAGGGAACAUAUGGAGGUUUCCAAGGAUACUGGCCUCCAACAGCGAAGAGAAAGGUGGUUUGGUUUUCCUGUUAGCGUGGGUCCUGUUUCUGGUUCUGUGGUCCAGCCCUAUGCUGUUGAUUGAGUAUGGAACAGGACGGUAUACAAGGAGAGCUGUGAUUGGUUCAUUCCGAGCUAUCCUAGGAGAGGGCGCAGCCUGGUGUGGCGCAUGGAUCUCCAUGGUUACUUUUCUAAUAUCAUGCUACUACUCGGUGGUGCUCGGGUGGUGUUUGUACUACUUUGUUUACAUGAUUGCAAACGAUCUACCGGAAACAGCUGAAGCAGGCGAAACAAUAUUCAACGAUUUUGCAAAGGACAGUAAUUGGCCAGUUCUCACGCAUGCGCUGGCUGCACUCCUGGCUGGACUGGCAGUGGUGAAGGGAGUGAACACAAUAGAGAAAACCAACAUGUUCCUGGUUCCGCUUCUGCUACUGAUCAUUCUCUUCACUUUUGUUUGGUCUCUGACCAGAGAUUACGCUGACGUCGGCAUCAAGUUUCUCUUCACGCCUCAUUGGGAAUCUUUCGGUGAACCCCGCCUUUGGGUAGACGCCCUGAGUCAGAACGCGUUUGACACCGGAGCCGGGAUGGGACUCAUGAUACCCUAUGCUUCUUUUAUGACGGUGGACAACAGCAUUGUCAAAUACGGACUCUUCAUUCCCUCUAUCAACAAUCUCAUCAGCUUAAUAUGCGGGAUAAUGCUUUUCGCCACCGUGUUUUCCACAAUGAUUGCUUUGGAGCCAAACAUCUCCAAACCGGGAAUCCUGGAUAUAAUGAAGCGAUCUGGACCCGGAAGUACGGGUCUGACCUUCAUAUGGAUCCCUGUUUUGUUUUCCACGAUCGGCGUGUUUGGUCGAGUUCUCUGUGUGCUAUUCUUCGCUUGUCUGUCUAUGGCUGGCAUCACUUCUCUGGUAGCAAACAUGGAAAUGGUCACACACACCUUAUACGACUUUGGAGUUCCCAGGAAAUUCGGCAUGCCCUGUACGGUAACAUUAGUAUUUCUAGGAGGACUAGCUUCCGCCCUCAACUUAGAUAUUUUGACCAAUCAGGACUUUGUCUGGGGAUUUGCUCUUGUUAUCAAUGGAUUCUUUCUACAACUAAUGGUGGUUAUUUACGGAACCAGAAAGUUUCGACAAAAUAUGUUUAACAGCUAUAGUAUUGGAGACUGGAAACUCCCGCGUGUGUGGGAAUGGAUUGUCAAAAUAAUCGCCCCUUUAGAAGCACUGUUCAUUAUCGGAUGGUGGGCGUAUGAUCUGAUUGAUGGAGACUCAGGGGACGGGGAGGAAUGGUACGAAUUCGGGAGGGAAACACUGGUCAUCACUGUAGUACAGUGGGCCACACUAAUGGUUCUCCUGGUGUCCAUCAAUAUGCUGUAUCUAUGCUGUCGCAGACGAGGGGAUGAGGAGACCGUCAAAUUACUAGGACAACAGGUGCUGCAGACGUCACAGGAAGCGGAAGUCUCAUACAAGGAAGUUAAUUUAUAGAACUUCUCAGACGCUCCACUUUUGUUUUUUUUUAACGGUGUUCUCGAAUUAUAUUUUUACAUGUAGAUAUCUGGUUUAACUUUUAUUUUUACUUCAAUACAUUGUACGUUUUAUAACAAAUUCA